AUGAAAAUGUUAAAACGACAAAAUAUUGCAUCAUUAUUAUUAUUAUAUUUUUGUACUUUCGUCAAUUUCUUUAAUUUCACCAAUGCAUUAUGGCCAAUCCCUCAACAAUGGUCAAACGGUAGUUCCACUUUGGUAUUAUACCCUAGCGUUGAAAUCAAACUUACAAUUAUUUCUCCCACUUCCGAGGAUUUAUCAAUAAAAACUAAGAAAAUAUUUAAUUCAGCCAAAAAUCGAUUUCAACAAUAUUUGAUUCAAGAAAAAUAUGUUUCACCUAAUGUGAAAUUUAAUAUUCCAACUCAUCCCUCAAAAAAAAUACUUCAAUUGAUAGAAAUUGAAGUUUAUGAUGGAAAUUCUGAAUUAGAAUUAGGAGUAAAUGAAUCUUAUUGUUUAUUAUUAGAUACUUCAAGAAAUUAUUAUUCAAUUGAUGAUAUUUUAAAAACUAUUGAAAUAAUGUCAUGGAAUAAAAUGAAUGUAUUUCAUUGGCACAUCGUGGAUGCUACCAGCUGGCCGGUCGUCAGUAAGAAAUUUCCAAAAUUGAGCGAAAAAGGAGCUUACGACCCAAAAACAAUGAUUUAUACUAAACAAGAUAUUAGAAUUGUUGACGAAUAUGCUAAAUUAAGAGGAAUUCGAGUGGUUCCGGAAUUCGAUAUGCCAGGUCACACCCAUUCUAUUUCUGGAGGUUAUCCUGAAUUAAUUUCUUGCAUAAAUGAACAACCUAGAUGGGAUUUGUACGCCGCCGAACCACCAAGUGGUCAAUUAAAUCCCGCAAGGAAAGAAACUUAUGAAUUCAUUAAAACUUUAAUUCCUGAAAUGGCUUCAUACUUUUCUGAUAAAUAUUAUCAUGCCGGUGGUGAUGAGAUUAAAACUAAAUGUUGGGAAGAGGAUGAAUAUGUUAAAAAAUAUUUAUCAAGUAAUUCUGGUAGUUCCACAGAAACCUUAUUAGCAAAAAUUAUUGAUGAAAUUCAAAAUACUGUAAUAUCGGCUCAUAAAAUACCGAUGUUCUGGCAAGAAACAGUUGCUACUCAUGAUUUGAAUAUAACCAAGGAUGCAAUUAUACAAGUUUGGUACGGUAAUGAUACUGUAAAAAAUGUUGUAAACAAAGGUUAUAAAACUAUUGUUGGAUCAGCCGAAUAUUGGUAUUUAGAUUGUGGUCAUGGUGGUUGGGUUGGAAAUAAUAUUAAUGGAAAUAGUUGGUGUGACCCAUAUAAAACCUGGCAAAAAAUAUAUUCAUUUAAUCCAAUUAAUGGAUUAACUGAUGAUGAAGCAAAAUUAGUUAUUGGAGGGGAAGCUUUACUUUGGUCGGAACAAGCCGAUCCUAAUAAUUUCGAACAACUUUUAUGGCCAAGAUCAUCAGCUGUCGCGGAAGUUUUAUGGUCCGGUCCUCAAGGUCUUAAUGUAAAUGAAGCUUUACCUCGAUUACAUGAUCUUAGGUUUAGACUUGUAGGACGUGGAGUGAAAGCGGAACCAUUACAACCUUUGUGGUGUGUGCUUCAUGGUGGAUGCGAUAUGCCUAAUUCUUAA